AUGCUUUCCCGACGGCUUCAACCUCUCGUCUUUCUCUUGUUGAUAUCAUUCUUGUCCCUGUCAGUUUUUGCACAGUAUGAUCCAAUCAAGGAUUUCUGCCGACGCCAUGGACAUCAGUCGGCCGUUGUCGACAAUCGACUGUACAUAGACGGCGGGUUGGUGAACUGGAAGCCAUUCACCUCGUCGUCUUCAAAUUACACAAUGCCCACGCUGCAUGCCAACCUUUCCAAAAAUGCGACAGUUCCAAGCGUCAUGGGCGGCAAGUUGUGGGAGGAUUCGGUCAACAAAAGAUUGUACUUGUACGGCGGCGAAACCUACCAGGCACCCCCAACCAACUUUCUCCUCUACGUCUAUGACAUUCUCAAGGACAAGUGGGAUUCUUUCGGCCCGCCAACUGGAACGGCAGCUAUCAUUCCAACGAGCUUUGGAGCCGGUGUAUCGAUCCCGGCACGAGGAGAGGCGUAUUAUUACGGCGGCUUUCAUAACAAUGGCUCCGUUCCGGGCUGGACAGGGCCGCCGCGUGCAUCUAACAGACUGAUCAAGUACGACAUGGACAGCAACGCAUGGAGCAAUGUGACCGGCCCUGAUGACGUGAGAAGGGCCGAAGGCGAGAUGGUCUUUCUUCCCGUUGGUGACGCCGGCAUGCUUGUCUAUUUUGGUGGUAGUCAAGACUUGUACGGCAAUGGGACCUUGACACCCGAGCCUUUGGACACCAUCUUUCUCUACGACCUUGCUAACUCGAAAUGGUAUGCGCAAAAGGCAACUGGAAGGAUACCAGAGAGUCGACGUCGAUUCUGUGGAGGUGCUACCUGGGCUCAAGAUCAGUCCAGUUACAACAUGUUUGUGCUUCCAGCUACUCCCAAAUCUUGGAUCAGGGGUCCAUAUCCAAAGGACAGCAACGUCACCGGUCCGUUUCCAAAGAACAUGAUGAGCUGCAAUGUUGUCAAUAAUGCUCAGAUGGUCAUCAUCGGCGGCUCGAACUCCAACGCAACAGGUUACGAAUGUGACGUAGACACGGUCGGGGGGCAGCACAACAUGAAUCUUGGUGAGGAGAACCCAGAGAAUGCCAUUUGGGCAAGAUAUCAACCAAAGCUUACGACAUAUGCCGUGCCUACUUUCAUCAUGUCGGCCGUGGGUGGCCGUAACACCGGAGGAGCUAGGGUUCUCACACCGUCCGGCGGCUUCAACGCGCCAGAUCUCUCGGUGUUGAUGACCAGGAAAGCCGUCAUAUCAACUCGAACACCUACACGAGACGUCGGUCCUGCCACUUCCUCGCCUGCCCCGACCGGAGAAGGCGAACCCGCACCACCGUUGAGCCCCGGAGCCAUUGCAGGGAUUGCCGUCGGAGGCGCCGUGGUUCUCAUCGCCCUUCUCGCCGGCUGCUGCUGUUUCAUCCGUUAUCGCCAAAAGCACUACAAGGGACCUCGCCAGCCAAACCAAGCCAUCCCGCCUCACGGUUGGGGACCAUCCGGGCCCCUCACGCCCGCAUCUCCAGCCGUCACGCAAAUUUCCUACGCUCACACCGUUCCGACCCAACCGCAGUCGCCGGUAAUGCUCCCAUCUGUCCCGGUAUACCCCCCAGCAGAACUCGGCGUCAAUGACAAUGCCCAUUAUCGGACAGCGAGAACAAGCCCAGCGAGUAUGGCAGCGAAGCACGACAGCUCACCCUGGGGCACGCACGCGUCAACGCCGCAGACAUUGGAACCACCAACUCCGGCAAGCGGGCCUUAUCCGGCACGAUCCCCGUCGUACACGGAGCGGGAUCCGAGAGAUGUGCAAACGGGUGCUCCGUACUGGUCUACGACUCCGCCACAGGUACAGCAACCGCAGUUUCGACCAACGCAGGACGCUCAGGGUGGGAACGCGUGGUUGGGUAUUCAGCAGACAUGGCACAGGCCAGGAUCAUCUCAUUGA